AGAAAUAAAAACUUUGACUAGAUUCACAUCUGGGGGCUCACUGGUGCGUGAUCAUUUGAAGCUGAUGCUAAGCUGUCGCCACUGAAGAUCCAGCACUUCUCUUCUCUCUCAGCCCAAGCAGCUCCACCCACCUGCAGAUAAAAGCCAAACCCCCACCAGGGCUGCUGUUCAGCGUCUGUCCCUAACUCUUCAAAGCUCUGUGAUACUUCCACCCUGCAGCAGCAGCACACGCAUAAAGGGCCCAGCAGGACUGCAGCUAACACCUGGCUGGAAUCCCGUGCAUGGCCACUGUCCCACUCAUGCCUUGGAAAAGACCCAGAGAAGCGACCUAAAGUCAGGGGAAGUAGAAGGGAAACCAGACGAAGGAAGGAAGCGCAGGCCAAAGAGGGGGCGACGACCUUCAGUUUGAGAGGAGGAGAACUCUGAAAAAAAAUGGUGGCUGUACCCCUCCAUUCUUUCUAUCUAAUCAUCUACACAGUGUUCCAGCUGUGCUCAUUACACCUGACCCACGGUGGGGCAUAUUAUGGACAUAAACAGCCGCCUCAACAACACCAGCCCCUGCCACAGUACAAUGAUGGGUACCCUCAACAGCAGUUUUUGGGGAAUGAGAUGCCAUUACCGGCACAGUAUGGAAAAGAGCUUCCUCAGCUGCCUUUGCAACUGGGCAAAGAGAGGCCACUAACUGAGGGCAAAGGACAAACAUUCCCCAGAGGGGCUAAAGGUCCACCUCCCGUUGGUCCUGGUGGCGAAGGUCUCAGAGAGGGACUGCAAGGAAUUCAGGGUCCCCCUGGACCAGUGGGACCACCAGGACCACAAGGCCCAUCUGGCCUACCAGGCCAGGGAUUGCCAGGGUUACCAGGAAAGCCAGGGCCUCCUGGUCCCCAAGGUUACCCAGGAAUAGGAAAACCUGGCAUGCCAGGAUUGCCAGGAAAACCUGGAGGACCCGGAUUACAAGGACCAAAAGGUGACCUUGGUCCUAAUGGUGGUGAAGGACCAACUGGACUUCCUGGGCCUGCAGGGCUCCCAGGUCCCCCUGGACUCCCUGGGAUUUCAAAACCAGGAGGGCAGGGGCUGCCAGGACAACCAGGUCCUCUAGGGGAGCCUGGCCAAAAAGGUCCACCUGGGUUACCUGGUCCUCCAGGCAUCAAAGGAGACAAAGGAAUAGGUUUACCUGGUUUGCCAGGUUUGAAAGGACCUGCUGGACCACCAGGUCCACCUGGAAAUGUGGGCAUCCCUGGCAUUGGUAAACCUGGCCUCAAUGGUUUCCCUGGACAACCAGGAAUACCAGGAAAACCUGGUCCUCCUGGAGAGCCAGGACUAGCAGGGCCUCCUGGUGAAAGUGGUCAACCAGGGCCACCGGGCUUGCCAGGAAUUGGAAAACCAGGAAAAGAUGGUUUAAGAGGGCAACCGGGGCUCUCUGGAGGGAAAGGGGAACCAGGCCCUCCUGGUUUACCAGGGGGGCCAGGACUGCCAGGCUAUGGUAAACCAGGGUUUCCAGGACCUAAGGGUCACAAGGGACAUGCUGGUGUUCCUGGACCUCCAGGCCCAAAAGGUGACAAAGGUCAUGGAGGUCUUCCAGGGGUCAUUGGUCCCACGGGUCCUAGUGGUAUGCCUGGUCCACCAGGUCCAAUAGGGCCCCCUGGUAGUCUUGGCUUCCCAGGGCAAAAGGGAGAGGAUGGUGCUAGUGGACCAAAAGGAAAUCCAGGAAUUAAGGGCGAAUUAGGGCCUCCAGGUCUUCCAGGACAGCCAGGCCGGUCAGGAGAGGGUGGACAACCAGGGCCAAGAGGUUUACAAGGCCCUACUGGUCCUAAAGGAGAAGCUGGUAUUAGGGGUUUACCUGGUGCCCCUGGUGCCGCAGGACUACCAGGACCAAGAGGAGAGGGUGGACAACCUGGAGAGACAGGCCACCAGGGACCACAGGGAAUUCCAGGGCUUACAGGACCAGGGGGACCAAUCGGACCUCCUGGGCUGCCAGGGCCAAAAGGCGAAACAGGCAUGCCAGGAAAACCUGGCUAUCCUGGUGACGGAAAGCCAGGACUCCCCGGUCAUAUUGGUCUUCAAGGUAACCCUGGCCCCAGUGGCCCGCCUGGACUUCCAGGGCAACCGGGACAACCUGGACCCCCAGGUCCUCCAGGACUACCUGCUGUAUCUCCUGACCUGGGGCAGAUUCUCCCUGUAACUGGCCCAUACACUGGCCAAAAACAGGUCUACAGGAAGAAUGGAGGCGAGAUUGGUGGAAACGGCCCAGAGAUGCCUGCAUUCACUGCCAAGCUCACAAAUCCGUUCCCUCCUGUCGGCUCUCCAGUCAUCUUCGACAAACUCCUGCACAACGGCAAUCAAGACUACAAUCCCCAAACUGGUAUUUUCACCUGUACCAUACCAGGGAUCUACUACUUUGCUUACCAUGUCCACUGCAAAGGAGGUAAUGUGUGGGUGGCACUGAUGAAGAACAAUGAGCCAGUGAUGUACACUUAUGAUGAGUACAAAAAGGGCUUGCUGGAUCAGGCUUCAGGGAGUGCUGUACUCCCAUUACGACAAGGAGACACUGUACACAUACAGCUGCCGUCAGACCAGGCUGCAGGACUUUAUGCUGGUCAAUAUGUCCACUCAACAUUUUCUGGAUACUUACUGUACGUGAUGUAAGAAAACACAAAGGUGAUAGCGGUGACAUAAGAUGGUAAAUUUCACCAUAUUGAUAAGAGAAUGCAAAGGUACAAUAUAGGUCAAGUUUAAAGGUUUACAAUGAGUGGUGGCAGAAUAUCUUUAAAAAAACGUUUUGAUAGCAGCAACAUACUUCAUUGAAUUAGUUUUUGCAUUAUAUGCAUCACAUCUGUUUUUACACACACGGUUGGAGUAUCAGAAAGCAGUUAUAAAACAAUGAGCGCAGUUUGCAUAGAAAUUUUGUGAUAACCCAUCUGGUUGCUGGCUGUGAUGUUGCUGUGGAGAGCAAAGGUCAAAAAUACUACCAAAUAUCUCAGUUGUCAUAAUCCUUGUAUGUUUACAUUGUGCAUUUACUCUUAUAUCCAUACAUACAUAAUAUAUCAGUGUUCAUGACUUUACUGGAAUAAUUCCUGGAACAAUGAGGCUUUAUGUCGCAGAAUCGUAUUCACUUUUCACUCAUCUUUUGCUUUACAGUUAUAAACUGUACACUGGGCACAUAUGAUCAUAUUGGUUUAAUUGUACAAUGCAUUUACUCACAGUUAUCGUAACAGACACUUGGGUUAUGUAUUAGGGGUCAUCAUACAGUUAUUAAGUUAUUGUUGAUGUUCUAUGUUAUUUGGAAAAUGCAGCUUUCAACAACAGCAUCUUAUGUCUGAAAACCUUUUUGGAUAUUUUAUCCAAUUUCAUACUGUGUCCAGAACAGAAAAAAAAUAUUUGGCCCACAAUUUGGCAAGGGAACCAUUGUUUGAUACUUUUGUUUUGACCAUUUGCUGUCACAGAUUUGUUUUGUUUGUACUAAAUAUGAAUUCUUUGAAUGGUUUUCGUCAGCUUGUCAGUACUCUCUGUAAUUUAUUUGUUUGACUACUGAUUACUUGGGAUUGCUCUGUUUUUUGUUAGAGUAAAUGAGAGAAUUCAUUCCAAAAUGCAGAACACAUGUAUGUUCUGUGGCAAAAAAAUAAGACAAAUAUUCAAGAAAGCUCAUACCCAUAUCAAAGUCUAAUAAUCAAUGUGUCACUGUUUUUCAGUUUUUAUUGUCAAUUAAGGUGUUCAAACUUUUGGAAUGAAAUUCUUUUACAACUUUUUCCCUCCUUUUUGUUCUUUUUAACGUAUUUUAACAAAAUAUGUGAAUUUUGGUCUGUGUUGCUUUUACUGGUGACUUUUAAUAAAGACAGAAAAACAGCA